AAACACAGUGAUACUCUAUUUGCAAUAAAAAAAGAAACACCAUCACACGUUAUUAUUCAAGCUUCAUUGUUUAUGAUAUUAAGUGAACUUCAAAAUACCAUAAAAGAAACCGCUGAAUCGUUUGAUCCAUUUUCACCUUGGACUUCAUUACGACAUGCUCGUUUAAAUACUGAUCAUGUCCAAACUAUUAUAUUUAGAGACCACAAUGAUGAUGAUAUCAGUGUUAAAAUAAAAUUCAAUUAUGACAAUUCAUUUGAUGUCACUAUCAUUAGAGGUGCUUCACAUCUGAUUGUUAAACGAGUACUUAGUAGCUGGAAUGAGGUAGAACAACAAAUAAUUGUCGAAGUUGAAAAUCAUCGAAUUAAAAGUCGGGUUGUUUUGGACAAGAAUUCCUACCAAGUUAUCAUCUUUGAUAAUGAAGAAGGUAAAAUGGUUUUGGAAGUUCCAGAGCUUAUUCAAGUUAAAACAAAAUCUGCUGAUGCAACUGGUUUUAUCAGAACUCCCAUGCCAUGCAAGAUAUCUCAGGUUCUUGUGAAACCAGGACAAAUUGUUGAAAAAGGAACUCCUUUAAUAGUAUUAGAAGCUAUGAAAAUGGAGCAUUGGAUUAGAUCACCAUUUUCUGGUACUAUUGAUAAAAUAUUUUAUAAUGUUAAUGAAUUUGCUAAAGAAAAUAGGGAUUUGAUCUAUAUUAUAUCUGAAAAUGUUUAG